AUGAGUAAGGACAUUGCAUCGAUGUUGGGAGGAUCAAGGGUGGUCAAAAAGAAAAUCGAAAAAAAGAAAUUGGAGAACUUAGCUCCACUGGCCACUCAAUCGUUCUCAGCACGAUGGAAGGUCUAUGGGUCCCACUGUAUCACCAACUUCCCCAGGACGGACGCUUUCAAGGACUACGUUGUACAGCAAUUGGGGCAGGACACUAAGAAAUUGAGGCUAGCUACCUUUGACCUAGAUGGUACGCUAACGCAAACCAAAACUGGCGGCUCGUUUGCUCGUGGUCCUGGCGACUGGCGCUGGUUCAGUGAGGUCACUAAGAGCAAGGUGAUUCAGGAAAUUAUUGAGAAGAAGUUCAUUCUAGUAAUUUUCACUAACCAGGGAGGUGUUAUCGCAUCCGAAGACGAUAAGUCUUCGAAAUCGUACCUCAACUUCAAAGAGAGAGUAAAUCAAGUGGUGACAUCUCUCGGGAAGGAAGUGCCCUAUCCAUUGGUAGUAGCAGCGCCAAAGCGGCCAAAGGGUAAACAGAAGGUGAUAAGCUCAGAGGCAGAUCAUGAGAGGAUGCGCAAGCCUGCAACUGGAAUGUUUGAGACUGUUUGUGAGUACUUUGAGGAUGUUUUUGGUGAUGUGGUCACUAUAGACAAAUUGGAAUCCUUUUAUGUGGGGGACGCCGCUGGAAGAGACCAAGAUUUUCUGGAUUCGGAUAAGAAGUUUGCUGAAGCUAUUGGGUUGCCCUUUUACACGCCCGAGGAAUUCUACGACAAGUGA